AGUGAAGAAGCAACUUCUGGUAUUUAACAUUUAUAAUUAUUUUCCAUUUCGGUGGUGUGUGUGUCCUUCUUCGAGGCUUUUUGCAAUGGAAUGUAGCCUUGAAGCAAACCUGAGGGUUGAGGAUGAAUUCCUGUCAAGGAUACUUGGAACCUGUUUCGGCAUAAUAGAAGCGAGCUAUGUAUGAGAUGGUUUAGCAUUUACAAAGUAUAUUGAUUCCAGCCUACAGCACGAAUUUGCAAGCAUUUUUUUGAGCGGAUAGAAUCCUUGUCAUGUAAAGUAGAACAUGGAAAACAAUAUUACUCUGGUUGGCUCGAAGCAAGGAAGGUCAAACAGAUUCAACCCUCGUGGCGUUGUCACUUUCUGGCGUCGUCAAAUGUCGCAGACAUAUGAGAAAUGUGGACAGUGCUCUACAUGACCGGGUGCAACAGGGCCACCACAACACGAAGGAGCUCGGAUUUCAUGCGGUAGUGUUGUAGGAAGACUACAGUGGCUUCAGAGGAAUUAGUUUUUAAUCUUGCCCCGAGAUCUGCCUCAGCAUUAACACGAAUGACAUGCACCAAGCAUCAGGUGCUGCACCGCAUUCCCACCGUAUUGUGCAACUAGUCAUGUGAGCUGGAGUACGUAACGAGCAGGAAAAGAACCUGCUAAUUUUAUUUUUUUGCAGGAGUCCAGUUAAGUGCGAAGUGCGAAGUCGAGCACGCUUUGCACGAACUCCGUUGGUCGCACGGAACCACCUCUAAAUCUCUACGCACACUCUAAACGCAUAGUCACACUUCCAUCGCUUAAUUCGACGUUAUUUUUUGGCGUAAUUGUUUAAUAUUAAUAAGUGUUCACCCAUCCGAGCAUUGCCCGAGCUAGCCGUCCUUGUUUUCUUUGAUGUGUUUUUUGGCUAUGCUAACUUUCCCGCACGCAAGAGCGCCAUGUCUUUAGCGUGAUCCAGCGAUGGAUUUUUCCAAUUGCUUCAAAUUUUGAAGAAUUUGAGGUCCGAUUGAGUUUGAUGAAUUUCUGCAGUGACCACUCUGAGGCCUGCAUUAACCUAGUUCGAUGCACUGUCGACUCGCGCGGCUUCCCUUGCUUGUAGCAUCUUCUCGGUGCAUGUACUUUCAGCAGGGACAGUGGUGGUAUUAGCAUAUUAAAAAGUAAUUCGGUGCAACGAGUACGUUCUGUCUUUCUUAGUGGCGCACCGGUUUGGAUCAGACCUUCAUUGAUGGAGUGUUCCGUAUACAACAAUUCUUGGUUUCGUGGAGGGGCUGAAUAAUACUGCUGCGAAGUUGUGGACAGCGAUGGCCGCACGCCAGUGAUUGGUCAGGCGGCGACCAGUCAAGCGGUCAGUGAUUCCGUCAUGGUUGUCAGAUGAGAUUGGCUUUGGUGUCAGUGGUAUUUCAUGCAUCUAGAAAUGGUGUCAUAUUAAAAGAGGUCGCUGGACUGAAAAUAAACGAUUUGAAAUUUACCACAGCGCCUGACGUAAUGUUGUCGAAGUUGUGUCAACAUAACCAGACAGUGGAUGAGUUUAUAACAGACGCAACGCGCACAGACAUUCUUUACUGUUCAUAGACAAAACAAAUUAAUAAUAGAGGAUUAAAUACAUCAUUGAUAAAAAUUAAUUUUGGUGAACAUCCAUUGCAAGGGUCUUGGAAUGUGGUUGUGGAUGCCGAACUCUACAUUCCCCCCAUUUUGAAGGACUGACGAUAGUCUUGUAUCCGUCAGGUCUCUUCGCAUCUUUUUCGGUAUAGGUAGGUUCAUGCAUGCAACAGAUCAGAAGACCAUACUCGUUGAGAUGAACUUAUUUCUCAGAUAAUUGAAAAGUCUUGAAUAUUACGCAGCAAACAGUGAAGGAUCCUCGUCUUGCUGAGUACAUAAUGAGCUGCGAAGAGUUGCAUCUGCAAACAUAGUCGAGCAGUCAAGUGGAUUUUUUCACCGAGGGCUUUGGUGAUACAGUUCUGUAAUCACUCAGAGAUGUGUAUCUAGUUCGUGGUUUUACUUCAUUUCUUUCCAAACUUUUGAUAUCCUUGAGAUUUGCAGUAUUGAGGAAACUCAGACGAGCAAAGAGUCGCCACUGUCUGUUAAUAACUUUUUUGUCGACCUCGACUGGAAGCUGAUUGCUAGACUGCUGGUCUGCUUGGAUUUCAUCUGCAAGUACUGAAGGGAGCUCUUGGGGAGACAUGACUUUGUCUUGACACCAAUUCAAUCUAAAGGCCAGAUAAACCUAACACGCGGGGAAGCACCACUUUACGACCAUACCCGAACUGUUUUAAGUAGCGAAGUGCAUUGAGUGCUGCUCAUUCUCGACGCUGUACUCGAUGGCUUUUGGAAUUGGAAGUCCUUACAACAUAGGGGGAGAUUUUGAAGCAUACACACAAGGCAUUGUAAACGAUGAGUAUGCAUCUGAUGUGUCAUCCGAUUCGGAGGACGAGGAGGUUUUCAAAACAUUGGAAUCAAAUGUUCCAAGAUCAGGGAAGCGAACGUACGGCGUCCCAGCUGAGAAAAUUUUCCCUGAACACCGACGCAAGAAUGCCAAGCUGGAUCAACAACUUGCUAUCUUGAGAUCGAUGUUACCAAGCGGUCGAGAGGUAAAAACGUUUGAGGAUGAGAGGGUUUCUAUUGUGAUGAACGCAUACAAGCACGUACUCAAACUUCAAAAAUGUGUGGGCGAUCUCAACGCCGACCUGGCAUCGUUGCAAAAUGCUUCUGCAAGCCCUGUCGAUGGAGGAUUGCAUCCUAAAGAUCCAGCUGGAACACAAACAAUAAACAUGAGCUCCAUGAAUGAUGUUUCAUACGAGCAUCCAGAGGUGGAGGUGAAGCGUGUUGAUGGGAAAAUGGAACUGCACAUCACUUGUCUAAAUCGGGCGGGCCUCUUGUUAGACAUUCUCACCACUCUCGACUCCAAGAGCAUCAGUGUACCGCAGGGCAGUAUUAUAUGUUGCGAGAACAUUUUGUUUCUAGCAUUCAGGUUGGAGGUAAGCAACACAGUAGAUUCUGUGGUGCUUCACGCUGGCUCAGAGCGCUUGCCUGAGGAAGCUGAUGACGAUGAUUUGAAGCAUUGUAUAGUCCGAUCCAUCCGCCAGGGCCCUUCUGACUAUAAUUCGAAGUGACUUCCUUUUUGGGAAUUGCGUCAUUGCAACGCGAUCUUGCCAACUUCAAAGUCAGGAGAUAAUUGUUGGUAGGGUGAAUUGAACCUGAAUUGUGGGUCCGUAGUUUCGCUAAACCCUAAACUUGGGCCCCUUACGCUGCGACGUUUUGACGCCGAUAGAAGUGUAAUGAGCAAAAAAACAAAUGUUAGAUACUGUUUGGGCUAUAUUUUGGAAUGCUCCACAAGAUAGAUUUGCACUUUACCUACUA